CCCCCACCAACCUUAAAACGCGCAAGCCUGCUCCGGACCGCUGCCGCUCGCCCUCGCGGGGACUGCCACGCUCUGCGCGGUCCCCAGCCCCGCGCCUGCUGCUCUCGCACCCGCGCCGCAAAGCUGCCCAUGGCUGACUUGAGCUUCAUUGAAGAUGCAGUCGCCUUCCCCGAGAAGGAGGAAGACGAGGAAGAGGAGGAGGAGGGCGUGGAGUGGGGUUACGAGGAAGGUGUUGAGUGGGGCUUAGUGUUUCCUGACGCUAAUGGGGAGUAUCAGUCACCUAUCAACCUAAACUCCAGAGAAGCCAGGUAUGACCCCUCGCUGCUGGAUGUCCGCCUGUCUCCAAACUACGUGGUGUGCCGGGACUGUGAAGUGACCAACGACGGACACACCAUUCAAGUCAUCCUGAAGUCAAAGUCAGUUUUGUCAGGAGGACCGCUGCCUCAGGGACAGGAGUUUGAACUGUAUGAAGUUAGAUUUCACUGGGGACGAGAAAACCAGCGUGGUUCCGAGCACACGGUCAAUUUCAAAGCCUUUCCCAUGGAGCUCCACCUGAUCCACUGGAAUUCCACACUGUUCGGCAGCAUUGACGAGGCGGUUGGGAAGCCCCACGGCAUCGCCAUCAUCGCUCUCUUUGUCCAGAUAGGGAAGGAACAUGUUGGCUUGAAGGCUGUGACUGAGAUACUCCAGGAUAUUCAAUAUAAGGGAAAAUCCAAAACAAUACCAUGCUUUAAUCCUAACACUUUAUUACCAGACCCUCUUCUGCGGGACUACUGGGUCUAUGAAGGAUCUCUUACUAUCCCACCGUGCAGCGAAGGAGUUACCUGGAUAUUAUUCCGAUACCCUUUAACUAUAUCCCAAAUGCAGGAAGAAGACAGUGGUCCCACUGAGUCCUUUGAUGAGUGGAAUCUCUUGAGUGGCAGCUUCGUUUUAACCCUCAAGCCUGCAUUAUCUUCAGUUAUCACAGUUUUGAUGGAUAUCUGUGACCAGUGUCUGUAUACAUGCUGUCAUGAAAUAUUAGAAGUGGCUGUUCAUUGUAAAGAAAAUCAGUGUGUAUGCACACACCACAGCUUCUGGAAUUCAUACUUUUGCACAUAUUGCUUCUUGCUUAUGUGUAGAAAGAAUGAAAGUAGUUUUCAACUUAUUAAUAUGACUGUAUCAUAUAUCAAUAUGAGAUAAGAAAAACACAUUCCCAGAGCCAAGUCAUUUAUUUCCUGUCUGUAUUAGAAAAUAUGCUCACUAGUGUAUUUCUUGUUAAUAAAGUAUGAGUUUUGAUCUUCAACAACCUAGAAUAUCAAAAUACAAUAUGAAGGAGUCACAAAAAUUAUCUCGUGUUUGUUUUCAAUAAUUGCAUCAAAUUUAAUGUCAAAUUGGUUUGUCAUGAAAAAAAUUUGAAGUAAAUGCAAAAAUGAUUUAUAUAUUAUUUUUUAAAAACAAUUUAAUUCAAUCUAAUAUAGUUAAGGCAUGUCUGAAAGUAUGGCUUCUAAGCAGUUAAGAGUAGCAUUAAAACAGAUAGGAAGAAAGAUGGGCACAGCAUACUAGUCAUAGCUUUGUUUCCAUAAUAGAAAUAAAAUCCAUUACUAUACUAUGUUAAUUUAGUAUUGUGUACUUUGUAAGUUUUCAAAAUACAUUAUAGAUGGUACUUUUGAGGUAAGAUAAGAGCCAACCACACCCUUCUUUUCAGUUAAGCUCAUCCUUAGUCAUAUCUCAUUCAAUGUGACAGAAUGCUGUAAAGUGGUAGAGAUAAAAGAAGAAAUCAAGAACUUCCCAAAUAAAUCUUAUUGGCUGUUUUAAUUGGUGCAAAAAGAAACAACUUCAAAAUAACAAUCUCAGUUUGGAGGGAUUGUGUUAUUGCAGCUGGAAUAAGCACCCAUUCAGAGGCUUUAGAUCUGUUGGGUAAAGGGAAAUAAUACAAAUAAAAAAAUCACAAAAGAGUUCUCCCAGAAAACAGAAGCAAGGGAAGUUCAACGUAGAGUCUUGGGCAGGAAGGAAAACUAGAGUCAUGGUCACGAGGGAAGCGGGAUACAGCAAGAGUCAGUAUCCCUGGAACACAACAGAACAGCCAUAUGCAUGGCCUCUGAUGACAGAGAGAGGGCCUGAAUCCUGCCUUUUUGAAAUUUUUAGUAUUUGUUAAAAUGAAAAUGUUAAAAUAUAGGUUAAACAAACAAACAAAAUGAACCCUGAAAUCCAUGUUCAGCCAUGGUUAUGGGGAUGCCAUAGUUUAUAGCUAAUGGACUAGAUCAAAAGGCCGUCAUGGGUGGCCAGUUAAAUGGUUCUCUUGGUGCUACUUUGGUAGUAUAGUGCUUGGGGCACAGUCAUGCAUAGUGGUCUAUGUCUCCACUCCCACAGAGCUGACCUGGACUUGUAUUUUCAUGUCUCAUCCUUCCUAUAUUCUUCAUCAAUUUUACUCUGAAACAUAUAAAGUGGAAAGAGAAAUGUAACAACAAAACUAAUAAUAAUUGUCUUCCAGAGUGUUAUCUAGCUGUCUUAAGAAUUUCAUAAAGCAACCAAAUUUAAUUUC